CAUAAUACUAAACGCGAACUUGGCCAGUGUCACAACUAGUGGCCGGUAUAUAUACCUCGUCAGGCUUUACAGGACCAUAGUCACACUUUAUUUCUCUCGACGACCCAUCUAUUGGAACUAAAAUGGCGUCUAAGUUGGUAAUUAUCUCCUGUCUGGUGGCCGUCGCGCGUGCCAGUGUGACGCCAGUAGCUGCUCCCUUGGCUGCGGCGCCAGUCGUAGCAGCGGCACCGUUGGCAGCUAGGCUUGAAGAAUUUGAUCCCCUUCCACAAUAUCGAUUCGGAUAUAACGUAGCUGAUGCCCUCACAGGCGAUUAUAAGAGUCAACAAGAGUCACGUGACGGUGAUUUAGUCCAGGGUUCAUACUCCCUAGUCGACCCUGAUGGCACGCGACGCACGGUGGAUUAUGCGGCUGAUUCUGUGAAUGGUUUCAAUGCUGUUGUGCGUAAAGAGCCACUGGUAGCGGCUGCCCCUGCUGUGGUGGCCGAGCCAGCAGUCGUGCCGGCAAGGUUGGCGGCCGCACCAGUAGCAGCCGUAGCCCCGGCGAGGUACACCGCUGCGGUGGCUGCGCCCUACGCUGCUUACGCCGCAGCCCCAGUCGCCGCCGCUUACACCGCUCCAGUGGCAAGGUUCUCCGCCCCCAUUGUGUCCCCGUACGCCAGGUUUACUGCAGCGCCAUUAGCGUAUAACUACGCUGCAGCAGCUGCGCCGGUUGUAGCUGUAUAAAAUCUCAUCUUUACAUCCAGGACUGAUUUUUACUUAUGGCAGAUACAUUUUUUACUCGGA